AUGGCCCGUAUGGCUCUUCAACCAUAUCCUCUCUUUGUUAACGUUAGGGCUUAUAAUGGCUUUAGUGUAACUCGUGACGGCUUCAUUAACGUCAUGGCUUGUAGCAGCUUCGUUAACAUCGUGGCUUAUAACGGCUUUAUCAACGUCGUGGCUCAUAGCGGCUUCGUUAACGUCGUGGCUUAUAACGGCUUCGUCAACGUCGUGGCUUGUGGCGGCUUUAUUAAUGUCACCCUAAGGGAUCCAUCGCUCCAGAGCUCUCACAAGGGUGUAUAG